CGAAGGUUUGGAGAGAGAAACAAAUCCAAACAGCAGCUGCACAUGAAUCGGCAAUUCCUCUGCAUUUAAAUUUUUAAACAACGAAAUCCAGUAAACAGAAAACAGCAAUAUUUUUUGAAUUACAAAAACCCCUUCUGCUCUCUUGUUUUCCUCCACUCAUCUCUUUCUUUCUCCCUCUCCCUAUAUAUACACACGAAUAGCACACACACAGACAAAAACACUCAAAAACACCAAGAACUAUAAGAUUAUCUGCAAGCAAGAAUGUUGCACAUACGCACAUCCAAGUAGAAAUCUUGAAGUUGUUGGUGAAGAGCUGUAGAGGGUCGAUCUCCAUUUCUUGAUAGCUUCUUCUGUAAUGGCGACGAAUAUAGGGAUGAUGGAUAGUGCAUACUUUGUGGGGAGGAAUGAGAUUCUUGCGUGGAUCAAUGCCAGGCUUCAGCUUAAUCUCUCUCGUGUUGAAGAGGCGGCGUCUGGGGCUGUGCAGUGUCAGAUGAUGGACAUGGUAUAUCCUGGAGUUGUUCCCAUGCACAAGGUGAAUUUUGACGCCAAGACUGAAUAUGAUAUGAUCCAGAAUUACAAAGUACUUCAGGACGUUUUUAACAAACUCAAAAUUAACAAGCAUAUUGAGGUGAACAAGCUUGUGAAGGGGAGGCCAUUGGACAACUUGGAGUUUCUGCAAUGGCUGAAACGCUAUUGCGACUCUGUGAAUGGUGGCAUAAUGAACGAGAACUACAAUCCCAUGGAGCGCAGAACUAAAGGUGGAAAGGAAAAAAACUUAAAGGGUUCUCAAAAGAAUUUCAAGUCAUUGCAAACGAACAACUCGUUGAAUCCCGGCUCGUGUGAUGGUACUGGUAGUAAUAAGAUUUCUGGUGCCAAACAAGGAAAAUCAGGUGGUGUAGAAACCGGGGCCAAUUCUUCAGUUGAGAUUCAAGCAUUGACAAAGGAGCUUACAGAUAUGAAGCUUUCUAUUGACCUGUUGGAAAAGGAAAGAGAUUUUUACUUCGCGAAAUUGCGGGACAUAGAAAUACUUUGUCAGACGCCUCAGUUGGAAAAUCUUCCGAUGGCUGUGGCAAUUAAGAGGAUACUAUAUGCUGCGGAUGAGAAAGAGUCUGCCCUUACAGAAGCUCAAGAAAUCGUGUCCGGAUCAGUCAGUGUGGAAGAAACUGGAUUUUCUGAUGAUUGUUCACUGCUAACCUAAGGUUUGCUAUUAGCAUCUACGGCCACCGACCAAGACAAGUUACUCUAGGUGUCUUUAAUUGACAAGUGCUCUUUUAUUUAGUCAAUCAAUUUAGUUCAGUAAUCUGUUACCAGAUCCAGAAUUUUUGAAGUCAAUGUGGUCAAAGCUCAUGCAGCACUUGUUAUGUCUAUAUACUUGCUGGAAUUCAGUGAUUCUAUGUAUGAGGGUUGUUUAGACUGUCUGGAUCUCAAACAACAAAGCAACUGUGUGACUUGGCUACUUAAUUCAUAGUAACUAACGCAAUUUCUUCCUGUGUUAA